AUAUAGAUUAUAUUCUAUGAUUUAUCUUUUAACAUUGCAAACAUAUAGUUAUCUUUGCCAUAACAUAUCGCCUAUAUUUCAGACAAAUUCGUGUGAUUGUACGAGCCAGGAUAGGGCGUUCGAUCUAGAGAAAUAUGGACCCUAUCUCGACAAGAUUCGAGCACUCUUUGUACCCAGUCUGGAAUAUAGAGUCCGUUCCUUAUUGAAGGAAUUCGUGUAUAGCACAGAUUCUCGAUGGGCCAAGCAGUUUCCAUGUUUCAAGAGAUUUGUCGAUACAAUAGCCACGUGGAAGGGUCAUCUGAAUAGAAUCGCCGAAUAUGAUAUCGGUACGAUGGAAGAAAUAAUGAGAAAUACCGUCGCACACAUAGCAAAGGACGAUCUGAUCACCUGUUUCCUAGAUGCUAUUAUUUUGCAUCAUAGGUUGAAUAAAGUUUGCCGCGAGCUGGACGCGCUGGGCAUCGACGAUAAUAUUUUAAGAAGCUUGACCGUGUGGAAUUUUGUUAACGAAAGGAAUUGUUUGCUGGAUCGCGAUUGCUUCACGAAUUUUAAUACUACAACGGACACGGGAACUUGUAACGGGAACUUAAACACGGUGAUGUCUGCCGACGCGAAAGGAUCAGCCAAGUGUAAAAAGAUUGUGCCGUUAGCAACGAACAUUCAUGAUGGAAGUGCCGAGCAUGUGCAACCAACGACGUCGGAAUAUCGAGAACACCCACAGAUUUUUGAUUCGAAUCGGAAUUUUCUUCAACAGAGAAACGAUAAUUCGAAUCAUUAUUCUACAUGCGGUGCAACUGGAUCGCGAGACGAUAAUGCUAAAAAAGCAAACGGAUCUUUAAAUGAAGAACCUUGCGAAUCAAAGAAGAUACGGAAUAAUUUAAAAUUGAAGAUAAUUGUUCAUAAGAUGUAUCUAGAUGAUUAUGAAUGUAUGACAGUCUCAAGCUUUAAUGUUGUGCCUUUGCCGUGUAAGCCAAGUCAUUUAAUUAAACGAAUUUUCGAAGCCGACCCAUCUUUGUCCGAAUCAUGUCUGAUAGUGAUGAAGCGAAAGUUUCAAGACAGCAUGUACAACGUUUGCUCGUGUCUCAAUGAUGUUCUCGGAAAAUUAAAUAUUAAAUUUAUAAAUACGUUAUGUCUCAAUUGCGAAAUAUAUCCCGGAUAUAUCAGCUUCAAGUUGAAGUCUAGCGCAUCGAACAAUAUUAAAAAAUAUUUCUUCGUCGCGAGAGUACCGAUUUGUCAGAACAUCCGUAAACGCGCGAUUCAACAAGAUUCUAUUAUUUUAUCCUCUAAUUCAAAAUCAAGUACCGAAGUCGACGAACUAAAGUGUUCCGAGCAAUGUAAAGACAAUGGCACUAGUCUUACAUUCGAGCAUAUCGAUGAAGAAACCGAGAAAUUUGAUAACACGCAUUGUUCGCGAUCAAAUCAAAGCUUUCUACAAGACAUAACGAUAGACAUACAUGAAACCAAAGAAAAAAAUAGCAAUGAAAAAAAGAUUGAAUGCAUAACUGAGGACGCUUCUGAGGAUAUUACUGAUCUUACGAUCUGUUCUUGCAAUAAAUCUUGCGAAGAGAUAUCUAAUGUGACGUCGCACAUCGAUAAUUCUGAAGGAAGAAAUGAAGAAUACUGUAAGGUUUCGAGUUCAACAGGAAUCAAUAACAAUACCACGAAAGAAAGUAAAGAAAAGAUUCUCGAGUCUAAUACCUUAAUUGCGGAAAAUGAUACACAAUUAAUAGACAAUGCAAAUUGCAUGUGUUCAUCGUAUGAAAAUUCCAUCGAAGCGAGAAAUGGAACUGAAGAAAUUUUUAGUAACAAAGACUUGGACAGUUUUUCACAGGCUACAGGUGUUAAUGAAUACGAUUGUACUUGUUCGUCGGAUAAGGAAACCAAUCCAAGAAAUGAAGCAGAUAACGCUAAUAUAUGCAGAAUUGCAUCGUUCGUACAAAAUCCGGAGUGUGACAAGCAAUUAGUGGAAUUAAAUUAUAAUUGCUUUUCGAAUAAUAUCAAAACGAUCGAUUCCGAUGCGCAGGGAGAUAAUAGCUCAUUAAAUUCUGCAAAAGUGGAGGUCGGAUGUGACUCAUGUUGUUCUCAUCAAAGCGAUGACGUCAUUGAUAUCACAGUUAUUGAUAACAGUUCUAACGAAAAUAUUGUAUGCACUUUUAAAACAUCUCAGGAUGAUCUUAAUACGGUGAAAACUCAAAGUAUGGACUACUCGAAAGCAACGCAGGUAUCAUCCAGAAACAAUAAUUUGCUGACGGUUUCUGUUCAAACGCCUAGAUCAAAGAUCAUAUCAUCAAAAAGGACCAAUAUAUCCAAGGACACAAGUUAUCCAGAAACAAUUAGAUUGACAUUUGAUGAUUAUGAAAGUAUACCUACUAUCGUGAAAACUAAUGACAAACACAACGAAAUUGAAAAUUCUUCUAUUCCUGCUUUAAUUCUUUCCAAGAAAACGAAUCGGGUUCUUCCUCAUAUAAAUAACGAAGUUCUCGACAUGCGAGAUGGAAUGCGAGAUUUCAUUACAUCCUCGAAAGGAUUUUCCGCGUCGAAGAAAAGACUCAACGGAGACUCAAAGAGUUCCAGUAUCUCGACAGGAGAAUAUUCAUGUACGCGAAAUCAAUCGAUAUGUGCGACGUCCAACGCAUCGUUGUGUCGUUCGUUCGCCACGAUAAGUGAAUUCACAAUGUGCAACAGGCGAGAUGAAUUCCGAAAAUCUUCCGAUAAAUCGAGAAAAUUAUCAAAUCGUCGUGAACACAGAUUAGAAUUUCACGGAUCAUGGAACGGUAUUCGUAACGUAACUUCCACGACGAUUAAACGCAAAAGAGCACUUCGUAAAAAUCCGGAUGAUGAUUAUUCUAUCGAAAUACAACCGCAAACAAUAUUUGCGAUAACAAAAUUUCGCAAUUCCGUCGAUAAGUCUGUAGAUAGAAUAAAGCGUCUGAUUCGUGCGAAGUUGGGAAAUAUAUUGUUCAACAAUAAAAUAGACAAUAACAGUAAAGAGAAAACUUUUUGGAAAAAUGAAGAAUUUUCUGGAGAUAGUAAGAGACAGAAAACGAGUGGCAGAUGUAUAAGACAGAAUUACAGCAUAACUUCGUGCUCGACUUGUAACUGUUGCAAACAAAGCUGUAUUAGAUCUUCGUGCGAAUCUUCAAAUGUGAUUCUGCCGAUCUGCAGAAAUAAAGAGAAAAGUGAAAAAGAUAUGAAGUUUUGCAAUCGUAGAUCGGUUAAUGGUAGCGAAGUCUCGUUGAAUCUUCGCUCGAUCAAAACUUCUCCGUGGUCUUAUAAUUUUCUAACUUCUGCAGUUGAAGAUAUAGAAGAACAAAAAUUGAAUAGAAACAAUCGACCGCGAUAUAACAAAAGGAAAAAGGUUCAAAAUAUUAUGAAUUACGACAGAAAUUCCUGUCGAUGUAAUUUCGGAAAUUCGGGGACAAGUAUAACGCUUUCUUCGCAAUCGACCGAAAUGUCUCUUAUCGCAAAUGACUCGGAAUGCUUGGGACAUUACACGUGUAAACGGCAAGAGAAGACAUGUAAUAAUGGGCGCAUUUGUAAGCAGAUUUAUAAUCGAGAUCAGCAGAAAAGCGAGGAAAUGAGGCACAAAUAUAGAUAUGGAGAAAAAGAAAAGUAUCAAUAUAUACCGAUUGAAUACUCUAAUGGCAAUAGCAUAAAGGGAUCAUUAUCACAUACUCGAAGAAAAAACUCUAGAAAUAUACAUAAACAAUUUUAUGACAAGUCAGAACAAAAGAACGCAAAGAGAUUUGCAUCUUCAAGAAAGAAUCGACAAAUAUUUGAGAAAGAUACGUCAGAUUGUUUUGAUAAUAAUAGUCUAUACAGGAGACAUGUCUUCGCGAUUUUAACUGAUGCCUGCAACGAUUGCAUGGAUGAUCUCGAUCUCGACUUUAACUUGGGAUUGUUGCGAUAUGUGGAACUUUGCAAAAGCGUCAAACGUUUGUUGAUGAGGACGCUACGAUCAGACGACAUUUACAAAGUUAGCACAAUGCCCGACAGCAAUUUGUGAAAGAGUUUAAUUCAUUGUGAUGCUGAUAAUCUCGUCGAUAUUCCGAUAACGUUGCGUAAGGUUGCGUUGUAAAAUAAUAUUAAUAAGUUACAUAAUGAUAUUUUUAAUAUUAUUAGCGUCCCAUAACUGUCAUUUUUAUUGUUAUCUUUAUUAAGAUUCUCUUUGCUUGAUCCUUGAUUUUUUGUGAGUUUAUUUUUGUAUAAAUUAAUAAUAGUUCUCAAAACAUUAAAUACUCUAAUACGAGUAUACUAAACAAAAUUAUAUAACAAUUAUAAAAUGUGAAAAACUACCUUAUGAUGUUUUUUUUAUAUAACAUAUAUUUUUAAUGUGAUAAACAUCACAAGAUAUACUGCUUAAGAAUUUAAAUAAAAAUGUCGCA